GAUGUCACCAGUAUACGGUAGAGGAAGUCUAAGCUUACACUUUUGUUCCAGUGCAACGCCUAGUAAAACUUUUUGAUGCAGUUUAACAAGUUUAAAUAUUUUACGUUGGCUGCUUGAAUAAGAAAAAUAAUAGAUGUUAUUCGUAUAAGUAUGCUGUCUUCAUUUCUAAUGAUUCUAUUCUUUGUAAACAUUAAAACUGCCGUUCGCUCAUGUGCUCCUUCUGAAUUCUUUGUGGAUGGACAGUGUUGCUUCAUGUGCAGUCCAGGCUCUUCUGUAUUCAGGGCAUGCACACAGGACAGCAUUACAAGCUGCAUACCGUGUACACGCGGUACCUAUACUGAAGAACCCAAUGGAUUACUUAAAUGCUUUCCCUGCAAAAACUGCGAUCAAGCUGUGGGCCUCGCUGUUCUUCAUAAAUGUCAACUUCAAAAAAACACCAUUUGUGGCCCUUUGAAUGGAUAUUUCUGUUCUGGAAAAGCAAGGGAUGGUGGCUGUGAUAAGGGUCAAAAACAUACAGUCUGUAGAGCAGGAGAGAGAGUCAAGUCACAAGGGUCUGCUGAAUCUGAUACAAGAUGUGAAGGCUGCCCCGAAGGAACAUUCUCAACAAAAGACAUGUCAUUAAACUGCACCCCAUGGACAGAUUGUGCAUUAAAUGGCAAAGUGAAGCAUACAGAGGGGAGUUCAACAGCAGAUGUGCAGUGUCAGAAGACGUCUGUUGGUUUAAUAGUUGGAUUAACAGUUGGAUUGUUAUGUGUUUGUCUUGUUGCUGGAGUCUUCAUCUAUUUGAAGAAUAAAGGUACAUUUUCACGUAAUCAAUCCUCUGAAACAGGAGAUAAAGAGACAGAAGGACCUGAUUUACCAAUACAGGAAUCAAUGCUUCCAGCAUCAAAUAAUGCAAACCACAGGUUGAAGGCAGCUGUAACACCUUGUCUACAGCCAUCCCUAACAAGCAAAAGAUGACAAUCGAUCAAUCAGAAUCCAUGUCCCCUGAAGGUAUUGAUGGUGAACUGGUUUUGUUCAGAUGUGACCCCAAGAACAGCACGGGGCAUGGCUCUUCGGGUUGGCGCGUCCACGUCGCAGAGCUGGACUCAUCUGGAAAGGCUUACAGAUCGGCUUCUGAUACAGUUGUUUUCAUUAGGUUUUUACUUUCCAGUCAUGAGACAGAGACCAACCAACUAAAAUGCCCAAAAUAUUGUAAUAGAUCAUUUUCUUACAGAGUAACAUACAUGUUUUGAAACAUCAUGAAACCUGUUACAUUGUUGCUUCUUUGUAAGCUAUUUGUAAGUUAGUAUUCAUAACUAUUUCAUUUGUAUUCUGUCUUUGGGCAAAUACCAGUUUGUAAACUCCUACAGAAACCCACGCUUUCUUAAGAGAGUGCCCAGAGAGCAGUAGACUGAGUUUACCAACAACGCACCCCGAAUUUCGAAUUUACAGAUUUAUUGUUUUUGCUUUAAUUUAGGUUUGGCUUUUUGGUUUUUUUUGUUUGUUUUUUAAAAUCUGUACAUUCUGUGGAGUAGUGGUUAGGGGCUGUGGACUCUUGACUGGAGGGUUGUGGAUUCAAUCCCAGGUGGGAGACACUGCUGCUGUACCCUUGAGCAAGGUACUUUACCUAGAUUGCUCCAGUACAAACCCAACUGUAUAAAUGGGUAAUUGUAUGUAAAAUGUGAUAUCUUGUAACAGUUGUAAGUCACCCUGGAUUUGGGCUUCUGCUAAGAAAUAAUUUUCUUACAAUAUUAUCAAUGUUUUACUACAACUUUUUUUACUGUAGUGGUUAAAGAAAAGGGCUUGUAACCAGGAGGUCCCCGGUUCAAAUCCCACCUCAGCCACUGACUCAUUGUGUGACCCUGAGCAAGUCACUUAACCUCCUUGUGCUCCGUCUUUCGGGUGAGAUGUAGUUGUAAGUGACUCUGCAGCUGAUGCAUUGUUCACACACCCUAGUCUCUAUAAGACGCCUUGGAUAAAGGCGUCUGCUAAAUAAACAAAUAAUAAUAAAAUAAUAAUAACUUCUUCUGUACAUUGCCUAUUUCACUGUAAUAGUGUUGUUAUUAUUAUUAUUAUUAUUAUUUAUUUCUUAGCAGACGCCCUUAUCCAGGGCGACUUACAAUUGUUACAAGAUAUCACAUUAUUUUUUUACAUACAAUUACCCAUUUAUACAGUUGAGUUUUUACUGGAGCAAUCUAGGUAAAGUACCUUGCUCAAGGGUACAACAGCAGUGUCCCCCACUGGGGAUUGAACCCACAACCCUCCGGUCAGGAGUCCAGAGCCCUAACCACUACUCCACACUGCUGCCCAGUCAUUGAUUUUUUUUAUUUAAAUCUAACAAAGGUGUGUGGUGUUUUUUUUUUUUUGUAAAUUUAUGUGCUGGUAUUAUAGUACAGUUUGUAUAUAUGUAAAUAAAGGACCACAUUGUAUACCA